ACAGCAAAUCAAACUCUGCGUGGACCUUUGAAUCUUUGUUGAUCAAAGUUCGGCUCCAAACUCCCCCAAAAAAGUACAGCAAAUAUUUUUUUUCUUCACUUUGGGUGACAGAGGCAGAGCAACAACCAGCAAACUCCAAGUCAAGGUACAAAACUGAGAGUGGAGUGGACUUUGAGCUUCGUCUGUGCCUCCCAGUCCUCUGACAGAGUUCAGUUGUUCAUAUAAAACCCGCCAGCUGAGGCCGAGACUUCAGUCUCCUUUGAGUGCUCACCAACCCCAGGGGAGAGUCCGUCAUGGGGGACUCAAAGCUCUGCCUUUUGCUGCUCCUCGCCACUUCAGCCUUGGCUUUUGCCCAAGAUGAAGAUCAACCAACAUGUCCACUGGCUGAAAGGUUCAAGACUCUGCACAAGUAUGAAUACCAAUAUGAAGCUGAAUCUUUAAACGGGAUCAGUGGAGCUUCACGGCUCAAGAAUGGACCUAAGGCUUCCUGCAAGGUUGAAGUUGAAGUGCCGCGGACUUGCAGUUUCAUCGUUCGCACUACCGGCUGCACGCUGAGCGAGGUGGUGGACGCGGACGCAGAGGGGAACCCUGUGUUCAGUCCUGCAUCCAACUCUGAUGAUUUUGCUGCUGACAUGGCAAAAUCUGCUCUGAAGGUCGUGGUAGAUGGCGAGUACAACGUGAAACUCUACCCUGAGGACGGUGAGACGACUAACAUCUUGAACUUCAAGAGGGGCAUCAUCUCCGCCCUGGCUAUUCCUCUGCUGGAAGAAGACCGGAUCAAAGUCAUGCCCACGAUCCACGGCAAGUGCAAGACCUACUACACGGUCAAUGCCAGAGAAGACAUCGCCACUGACAUAAACCUGAACAGGGAUCUGUCCAGAUGUGAAAAAUUUGUGCCAAUAAGGGAUCACAACAGCCCUCUGGCACUCAUCACUGGCAUGCACUACCCAUUGUCUCAGCUGGUUAGAAGCUCCCAAACCUGCAACUACAAGUUUGACAAUGAGAAAAAACACAUGACCUCUGGUUCCUGCACUGAGAACCACCUCCUCAUUCCCUUCUCACACAGAGGAAAAUACGGGGUUACCAAUGUAGGAAAGCAGAAGCUGACUUUAGUUGACGUUUCUACUCACAACGACAGAGUGUUUGAUCAAGGACACAUCAUCAAGUCUCUUCACAUGGAGGAUGUUGAGGACAAGAGCGCUGUCCAGGAUAAAGACACUGCUCUGAAUGUCAUGAGAGAGCUGCUCACCUUGCCCAUGACUGAAAGCGAGAAGAGGGCCCACCUUUUUCACACUCUCAUCUCCACAGUCCGUGGGAUGAAGACUGAAACCCUGAGAGCGGCCAUUCCAGAGGCUGUUACUUUGUCCCGUUUCUUGACCUACCAGGUUCUAGCCCAGUGUGGAACUCCUGAGUGCAGCAGUGCGAUCAUGAUGAUCCUCAGAACCUUUGACACCUCCACUCUCGAGGUUGAUGCUGCUGUGAUUGCUCUGGGAAUCAUGUCCAACCCUUCUCCCCUCCUGAUCCACGACAUGCUCGAGAUGGCCAAAUACAAGCCCAGUAAGCCCAUCAUGUAUGCUCUGAGCAACGUUGUCAAGAGAUUUUACAAAGCUGAGGGAGAACUGAUUCCUGAGAUUAACUCUGUUGCCGAGUUCAUGGCUUCUCAGCUGGGUGACUGCACCAGCAAUCAGGAUAGCACUUUCUUGACGUUGAGGGUUGUUGGAAACAUGGCUCCAGCUCUGAUCCCUGCGAGUCCUGCACUCCAAAGUGCAGUAAUCAACUGUGUGAGGCAACCUGCAGCCUCCCAACAGGUGCAACAAGCUGCUAUUCAAGUGUACAGGCAGAUUCCAGUCCCCGAUGAUGCAAAAGGUGUGUUCAUGCAGGUGCUUUUGGACAACAGCAAACCUGUGCAAGAGCGCAUCGCUGCUUAUCUGAUCCUGAUGAAGGACCCAGAGCUAAGCGAGCUUACCCAGCUGAACAAAGUUUUGUCCAGUGAGGAGGGGCAAGUCAAGAGCUUCAUAAUCUCCCACAUCUCCAACAUUAUGUCCUCAACCGACCCCAAGACCCAAGAACUGAAACAAAAUAUUCAAGAUGCCCUGCAAGGGAAUGAGAUUGAACCUUUGUUGGACCCCAUUAGAUUUUCUCGCAACUACAGGAUCGGAUCUCUGCAGGGCAACAUGAUUUUUGAGGGUGCCAGCUAUCUGCCCAAGGAGAUUAUGCUUGAAAUGACUCUAAAGGCAUUUGGCUUUGAGAUUGACAUGAUGGAGGUUGGAAUGGAGGGCAAGGGAUUUGAAGAAACCAUCGAGGCCCUGUUUGGAGAGAAUGGAUUCUUUCCUGACACCACCAUGAAGACCACGUACUUUGUGUCUGACAACAUGCCGCAGACAGUCAACGAGAUCCUGGAGACCAUCGUGCCUGGACUGAAGAAGAACAGGAUGAGGAGACAGACUUCGGAAAGCCUGAUGAAGGACAUUGGACAGAACGUUGACAAACUGGUAAGACAGCUGAAAGAAUCAGCGUCUCCAGAGGCGAUGGUUUAUCUCAGACUCUUGGGAAAUGAGCUGGGGUAUCUGAAGACAAGUGAUUUUGAAGAGAUGACCUAUUCCGCUGGCAAGAUAUUUGACAACAUGCUCAAACUGUUCCCGCAAAGCAUGAUAAAGUCACUGAUGACCAACCCUGACAACAAAAUCUUUGCCCACUAUGUCUUCAUGGACAAUGAAUUCUUCCUGCCAACUGUCACCGGUGUGCCUCUGAGGAUUGCGGUGUCUGGUACAUUCGCUCCUGGUUUUGAAGGUGGACUUCAAAUCCGUCGUGACAGGAGCACAUUCACCUUCAUGCCAUCGCCUGGAGUUGAGUUUUCCACUCACUUUGGUUCCCACUUCCCUGAAUAUGUUAAUUCUGGACUGGAGAUGCACACCAACAUUUAUACCGAAAGAGAAAUCAGAGCCAAGCUCUCCUUGGGAAGUAACAACAUUAAGCUUACCAUUCCAGCCCCAACCAAGCCUAUGAAGCUCAUUAAAAUGACAAACGCAUUGGUGGCAGUGACUGGAUCAGAGGUGAAGACUAUUCCUCCAGUAGUGAUGGACAAAGUGGAUGUUAGCAAGUGCACGAAUGGCUUCGCUGGACUUAAACUCUGCACAGAUCUGCAGUACAUCAAUGCAUUCUCUCAAGAAACAGCCCCCUAUUUCCCCCUCACUGGUGACAGCAAAUUUGCUUUGGAGCUCCACCCAAACGGAGAUGUCACCGAGUACACAGCCACCAUUGCUUAUGAACUCUUGCAGGAGGUAGAAGGUGAACAGAAGGUUGACUCUUUGAAGUUUAUCAUGAGAGCUGAAGGUGCAGACCCAACUGAAGCUAGAUUAGUUCUGAAAUUAAACAGAAACAAGAACUUUGCUACAGCAGACAUCAAGAUCCCUGACUAUGAUGUGGAUGCUGGACUCACACUCGGCGUUGUUGAUGGACCGAGCAAGGACAGUCACGCCAUCUCACUUGACUUCACAAACAAGAACAUCUCACAGCUCUCCCUGGUUGCACGUGCUAAUUUGAAGGCCACGGAAGGAAUGUUUCAAGUCCAGAUGCUAGUGCCCUCAAUCAAAGCUGAAAGCAGCAUCACAGCUAGUCUGAAAUACGACGAAGAACUGGAGCUGGAACUUGAAAGUGAAAUGAAGAUCAUGGAUGCCACCUCUGAGCAGAAGAUUGAACUAAAAUACGAUGGGAGCAAGAUUAAAGUGAAGGGCGAGUCUGAUGUGAAUAUGAAAACAUCGUCUUUUGAGAACUAUGCCAAUGAGGUUCUUGAUAUACAAGUGGGGCAGACUGACAUGAAAGUCCGUCAGAUCUUCAGAAAGUUUGUGGAGGCUGCAAACAAUUACAUGGAAAAGUAUGGCCCUGAAAUGCUUCCUUACAUGAAGGACUUCAGACUUCCCGACAUCCCAGAGAUUUCUCUGCCAGAAAAACUCUUCUUGAAAAGCGAGUCAAAGGCUGUGUACUACUUAAGCAGGGAACACUUCACAAUUGCAAUCCCACUGCCUUUUGGAGGAAAGUCAACAACAGAGUUACAUUUUCCAAAAGUUCUGACCACUCCGAGCCUUUCUCUACCACAGUUUGGAGUGGAAAUUGCCUCAAGAAAAAUUCCAAUCCCAGAUGUAGUUUUUCCAGAGAGUUUCUCGUUGUCCUUCCCUUUGUUUGACAAAGCUGAGUUCUCAGCAAUGGUGAACAGCAAUCUUUAUGAUGUGGAGGCGACAGCGGCUGCUGGAAAAGACGUUGUUGAACCACCAAGCUACUCAGCCAGGUUUGACUUGAAAGGAACUUCCCCGAUUGACAUCCUCUCAGUAGCAGUUGAAGGCACUGGAAUGGUGUCCAUGAGGGAUGCUAUCAAGGCCCAUUUGAGAAGCUCUUUCACCCAUAAGUUCGUUGAAGCUACAUUUGGUAUCGAAGAAGAAGGAAUUAUUACAGACAAAAUAAAUCUGAAAUCAGUUAGAAAAAUAGAAGUAACAAGUCCAUUUGGGCUUGAUGUAGCUCUAAUCCACACUGGUAUGGCUGAAAUCAACACUCAAGGAUUGUCUGGUGACAGCAAAUUUGAAGGAUUGCUCAGUGCUGGACCAAUCUUUAGCAAAACUAUUUCAACUCAGUCAUUUGCCAUAUUCCCAUUCAAACCAGAAGCAAAGAUUGAAUCCACUCUUCAGCUUGACUCUACAAUUCUUAAGGCCCAAAACACAGUUGCAGCAAGCCUUGCCAAUGGCGAAGUCUCUUUUGUGUCUAACACAAAUGCCUUUGAAAAUGCCUACACCCAUGUUGCUGAUAUCUCCUUCAAAAACAGCCAACUAAAAAUGAAAUGUGAAUCAAAUUUCCUUGCCUUCGGGAUAAAGAUCCGCAACUUAGGCGAGGCCUCUGCUGGUGCUGGUAAAGUUGCCAUCAGAAUGGAGACAAAUGGAGACCACUCUGGUGAUCGUGUUUACUCUCUACUGAUUGCCUCUCUUGAUAAAGAUGGUGUGGCUGUGAGUUGUGAUGCAAACAUAAAGCUUUUGGAGCAUGAGGCCACCCACAAGGUCAUUCUGCAAAUGAACAAGAAUGGAUUGAGCACCAGUGGAAUAACUACUCUCCACGGGCCCCUGUCUUUGGAAAACACCUUUAAAGCUCAUAUUGACUCUACAAUGGCCAUUCUAUCACAUGCCAACAAAGCAGACAUAAGUGAUGUGAAGGUUGAUAACAGCAACACUCUUAUCCUGACUUUGUCUGGCCUUGACUUAAGCUCAAAGACUGAAGCUAGUGCAAGUGAAUAUGCCUCUUACACGCAUGAUAUAAUCUUCAAACUAAAACCGUACACUGCUUCUUUAAAAUGUGAAAACAGUCUGAACAUUCUGGACGUCAGCUUCAGCAAUGAAGCACAAUUACUGACAGAGCUUUACAAGAUCGACCUGAGCGGAAACCUGAGGGCCACAUAUGGAGACAAUGAGAUCAAGCAUGACUACCAGAUUAAAUAUGCCGAUCUGAGCACUAACGCUAAGUGUAGCACCACGGCGAGACUCUUUGGCACUCACAUGAGUCACAAUAGUGAACUUGAAAUUGUAGGUCUUGCUGCAAAGUUCAUUAACGAUGCUCGAUUCUACUCUCAACCAAUUCGCUUUGACAACAGUAUCCAGUGGAGUGCUGUUCCUUUUGACUUUAACUUGAAUGCCAUCUUCAAUGCUAAUGGAGAAAUGACUAUGUAUGGAAAACAGAGUGGACAGCUUUAUGGCAAGUACCAACUCGCAGCACAACCUCUGGCUUUUGCCAGCUCCCAUGAAUGCAGAGCAUCAGUGACCCAGCAAAUGGAUAAUGGUUUCUCCUUAGAGACCAUAUAUGAUCAUAAGAUAAAUACCGUUUUGUCCCCCCAGGAGCAAAAGGCCAGCUUGAGAAUUAAAUCUAAAGUGAAUGAGCAUUCAUUCAAUCAGAACAUGGAGGCAUACAACACUGCUGAUGAAACUGGAAUUGAGCUUUCAGGGACCAUCCUCACAGAUUUCUUCAACACAGAGAACAAGGAGUUCACACUCUCUGGCUUUCUCAAGUAUGACAAGAACACAGACAGUCACAUCAUUCAAUUCCCUCUGAUGGAAAGUUUUCCUAUCUUCUUGGAGAGUGUCAAGGAAUUUGUUGUGUUAAUGGCAGAAACUUUGCAUAACUUCAUGGAAAACCAGAAUGUGCAGGCUAGACUUGAGGCGCUUAUCCAGGCCGUAAAUGAAUUUCUUUCUGACAUAAACAUAGCAGACAAGGUAAAUCAAUUAAAGCGAUUCUUAAGAGAUUUAACCCCGGAUUUUAAUCUACAAAUAGAUCAAUUGAAAGCGUUGUUCUAUGACUCGAGCCCAACCAUUGAGAGGCUGCUGAAGGAUACGUCUGACACCCUUCGGAGUUUUUUCGAAAAUCUCCGUGAAGCUUUUCAUACAAGCAACGUUGUUGAAUCUUUCAAUGAAAAGGUAGAUGACAUUGCAAAUGCCCUUGCUGACAUCAAGCCUGUAGUUUUGCAUUGGAUUGAUGUCAUAAGAGAGCUGAUUGAUCAGACUGACCUAGAAAAACUGAAGGGCACCAGUAUUCAGUUGCUGUACGAUCUCAAUUCCCAGUACAACAUAAAGGCCAAAGUACAGGAUAUUGUGACUGAUAUUAGAGAAACUGUUGACAGUUUUGAUGCAGAAUAUGUUGUAAAGAACCUUGGAGAACUCAUUCGAUUUAUAGAAGAUGUCUUCUUAGAAUGCAUUGGCGCAUUUUUGCAUUACAUACCAAGAGAUAUUCUCCAUUCAUUAAGACCCUACAUUAACACAGUGGUAGAGGAGCUUGACAUAUUUGGCAAAAUCAACUAUGUCUAUACCAAGAUGAAAGAAUUGCUUGUAUAUCUUGAAAUAGACAAAAUGUCACGGGUUGUCUUGGAAAAAGCUGCAGACCUUGUUUCUGAGCUCAGAAUAAAGGAAAUGUUUCAGGCUUUGGACCAAAAUGUGAGGAAUGCAAACAUUCCCAAGAGAAUUAGGGAUUUCUAUGUAGCUGUUGGUGAAUAUGUGACAACAACUGAGGUCAAAGACAUGAUUGAACAGCUGAACACAUGGAUCAAAAAUCUGGUGAAUCAGCUCAAGUCUCUGAAAUACAACGAGGUUGUGAAUUACGCCAACCUAUGUGUAGCUGAGAUCACAACUUACGUGAAUAAACGUAUCAAGGCUUUCGAAAUUCCCAAGAAGCUUGAGGCAACGCAAGAGUUUGUGAACGAAGUCUUUUCUGCAGUUCAAGUGUUAGUGGAGCAUAUCAGAGAGAUCAAAGUUGCAGAAAUGAUUAAAUCUGCAAAGGAUGUAAUUGAAACAGUCGUUUGUGAUUCCUUUAAGAGAUUUGUCCAACUCAUUAAAAAGAAAAUAGAAUCAAUGGACAUCAGAAAAGAACUUUCCAACUUUGUAGAUGACUUUAGGCAACUUUACAGAUUUAGCAAAGGGUUAUUCCUGAGCUUAAUCCACGAUUUAGUCCGUGAAACCUUAAGGAUUUUUAAGAAAGUAUCACUUGAUGAAAAAUUCGUUGAUGAGAUUUCGGACAUGUUUAAUAGGCUUUUUGCGGAACUGAGAAAUUGUGAUGUCUACUUGCCAUCCUUCACCAUUCCUCUUACAGAUCUUGUUGUGCCACACAUAAAGCUCAACUCGCGAAACACAAUUGAAUUUGCAGCAAAAGUUGACCUCCCUGAGUUCACCAUCCUGGGCAUGUACAAAGUGAAAGCAAUCACGAUUUCCUUUGAUGACAUUAAACAGAAAAUCAUUGAACUCCUUGAUUUCAUUGCAAACUUUGAAAUCAAACUGCUUGAUGUUGAUGCUUUCUUUGGAGAUCUGAGUUUGAGCUACCUCCCUACCUUGCCUGAAAUCCGCUUGCCAGAAUUCACUGUUCCCGAGGUAACGUUUCCUACUAUUCCAAAAUUUCCUGUGGAAAGUCUUAAGUCCCUAGAGGUUCCUGAAUUCAAGCUGCCCACCAUUUCAGAUGAGAUCAUGAUCCCAUGCUUUGGUAAACUUUAUGGAGAGAUUAAAUUCAGCUCUCCUUUCUACACUGUCAAGACAUCUGCUGAAUUCCACAACGCCACUAAGAGUAAAACAACACCUCUCUUCACUGGAAUAUUCAAUUCUCAGGGCACAGCUGCCGAUAUGGAAUUUCUCAAUUACAAGCUCGAAACCAAUGCUCAAAUUGUAAUCCCAAAACUGAAACGUGUCGUCCUUGCAGAGAAUUUAAAGUUCGAGCAUGUUGUAUUUGGAGUUGACCAUCAAGCAUCUGUGACUCUGUAUGGUCUGUCAGCUCAAGCCCAAGCAAAGACCAAACUCAAAGUUGAUACCACACCUUAUGCUGCCAAUUUAGAAAAUACAGCAUUUAUCGGUGCGGAUGGAGGAAUGACUGCUCAUGCUGAGACAGCCUACACUCAUGUAAUUAGCAUUCCAGUUGUUGAUUUCUCAAAUGAGGUUUCCAUUACUCAAAAGUCAGUGGCUCGCCAAGAAGGCUUCACUUAUGAAAUGUCAGCUGACAAUUCAGGAAAUGGAAAUUUUAACGGUCAUGAUUUCAACCAUCUCAGUGAGUUUCGAUGGUCACUCAGCCCUGAGAUCGUCACCUUUUCACUUUCUGGUGACACGAACUCUCCCAUCCUAAAGAUGAAACAGCUCAUCACAACUGAAUCAGCUACAUUUAGCUAUUUCAAGUUCAAUGUAAGCAAUGAGGCAGAGACACCAGUCAUGAGGAAAAGUCUUUUUGUGGCAUCUGGUCACGCUAGCAUUCAAGAUAUGAAGAUUGAGAUGAAAGCAAACCAUGAUGCAGAACUAAUUAGUUUAGGACUCUUAUCCAAUGUGUUCAACUUCAAACUCCGUCCAGUUGAAUUUGUCCUUGAAUUCCAAAACAAGGCAAAUGCCAGGGUUCCCAUUUCUGACUCACUGACCAAUAAGAUAGAUUUUCAGAAUGAUUACCUUGUCGACUUACGUCCUGAUGGCCAAAAGAUGAAAGGACUGUUCUUAGCUCAACUAAAUACGAACAAAAUAGCCUCCAACUUAACAUUUGAGAAUAACAGAAAUGAAAUUGGUGCUUCUGCUGCAAUGGAAGGUUAUACUGAUUUGGACUUCCUGAAUGUCCCCAUAGACAUUCCUCAGAUUGAUCUACUUUUGGAUGAUGAAUUAUAUAUUCCUGCUGUCAAAAACGUGAACUUCUAUGAGUUGAUUGGACUGCAGAACAUUUUGACUACAACUAAGCAGGAUCUUAAUGUGGAUGCCAAAAUUCUUUACCAGAAAAGUAAAUCUGCCCCACUUGUUAAAAUAAUGAAUCUGAUUCCCAUUCCCUCCAUGGGUAAACUUAUCACAGAUUUCUCUUUCAAGUCUGCCAUCUUUAACCUGAACACCAAUACUUUGUUGUCUCCGGAAGAUGACGUUGUGCUUCGCCUAAAAGCCAACACUGCCUCUGUAUUUGAUUAUCUAAAUGCCAAAUUUGAAGGCACCACCAGCCUGAUCACCAAAAGAGGAAUUAAGUUGGCCAACUCUCUCUCCCUUCAAAAUCCUCACAUUGAAGGCACUCAUACCAGCACCAUCAGCAUGAGCACAGAUACUUUUGAAGGAGCUGCCUCGGUCGAUUCCCUGGCGAAGAUUACCUUGCCAGUACUCAACCUGGAAGCAAGCCACAAUCUGGUUUCAGACAUCAAGUCAAAAGCCAAUGCUCAGUCUAUCUUGAAGCUCAAGAGUGAUUUAAACAUCCCUAGGUUCAAUGCUAUUGGAAAGGCUGAAGCAGACCACACUUUGAAGCUGGAGGGAAACGUUAAAUACAUUUCAGCAGAAUCCAUCUUUAAGUCCAAUAUGAAUGGCGCAGUAUUCAGAGACUACUUAUCUCUAGGACUCCUGGAUAAUGAGGUGAAACUUUACCUGGAUGGAACAGGCCUUCGCUCGUCUUCCAAGGCUACAGCUGUUGCUAGGCUCAGCCACGGUACGACCAAAAUUGUUUUAAUGGAAAUGAACAAUAAUGUGGCUGCUGAGGCCUCCAUGGCGCGUAUCUUUGCCACACUGAAGCAUACGAGCAACAACGAAGAAAACAUUUUCAAAUUUACAACCAAGGGAUCUCACAACAUACAGGCUGGUGUUGAUUUAACAUCACCCUCAAUGACCACUGAUAUUGAGAUUGAUUUGAGCCAACAAAGCAACCUUGGUGACUUAACCUACUUCGAGAAGACAAUUACUGAAGUGACCUCUUCUAAGCAGAAGUUCUUCACAGACAUCAAGUUUGGUAGCCCACUAUAUAGCACAAGAAUGGAAGCUAAAGCUGAAUGCAGUGUCCCUGACGUCCUGGUCACAUUUAAGUCCUCUGCCACCUCCCCUGUUUUGAUCCUGGAAUAUGACUUGAAUGCUCAAGCCACCUCAAAGUUAGAGAAUGGCCUCCUGACCACGGAUGGCAAACUUCUCCUGACUCAUUCUGACGUGACCGUGAAUGUCAACAAUGCCAUUGUCAAAAAUUUCAGGAGAAAACGCCAAGCUGACCAAAGUGACCUUGGUCAUACCUUGAAUGUUGACAUCACCAGUCCUACUUUCACUGAUAUGAACAUCCAGUAUACUGCAAAUAGAGAUGUCAUCAGUGCCUCGGUAUCUACUCCAGCUGCAGGCUUCCUUGGACUUCAGCUUAAUUUCAUAGACCCGUUUCAGAUGAGUGGCAAACUCUACGGCCGUCAUCCUACAAUACCAGAAAAAGAUGUAGACAUCUUGGUCAUCAGAACAUCUAAGGACACUCAGAAUACCAAUUUGGAGAUUGUCUACAAAAUGGAUGCUCCUGAGGCAAUGAUUUCUGAGCUUAAGGCCAAACUCCCCUCCAUCAUCUCUGCGUUUACCGCAUUUGCUGAUAAGUAUCAGAUUACAAGGGGUGUGGAUAUGUUGAAGGACACCGUCAGUAACCACAUCACCGAAGCCUACAAUGUUGCAGUCAACUAUGAUGUUCAAAAGAGCCAGAUGUCAAUUUUCUUCAGGAACACUGUUGCACAGUACCAAAAGACUGUUCAGAAGGUCCUUAAUGCUAUCAUUAAAUUCUUGAGGGAGACCCAUAUCAAGCUGCCUUGGUCCGAUGAAAUGAUUACCAUCCCUGUACUCCUCAAGAGGGUGACUGAUAACUUAGCUUUUUUUCUGGAUGAAGCUGCCCAGAUUAUCUAUGAGAACACAAAGGUAUACCUUGAAUACUUUGCUGAGAUGAUAAGCAAUGUUGAAGUGCACAUACCAACUGGCGAUGUCAUUACCGGGAGGGAGUUAAUUGAUGAGACCAAAACAAUGGUCAGAGAAAUCUGGGAUGAAGUGUUGGACUUCGUGAAAGACAUGGACAGUCUUGACAUAAUGCUUGAACAAAUGGAUGAUAUUGUGAUGGUUGUUGUUAGGGAAACUCAAGACAUUGUUGAUUCUAUUAAAUCUGACUAUUUAGAUUACAUCUUUAUGAAAGUCAAUGAGAUGUACAGCGAGAUUGUCACAGCUGGUGGAGAAUAUGUUGACCAGAUCGAUCCUUUGAGCAUGGAGGAUUUCAGAAGGGCAUGUGAAGGCGUCGUGGACAACUUCUUUCAACUCAUACAGCAGUUCAAAAGUGUCUUUUCUGAAUUUCUGCAGGACAUUUCUAAAGAAGUAAACUACAUGACAGUUAGGGAUGGAAAGCUUAACAUCAACCUUCCGCUUGAUCUCUAGAAUUGAAAAACUAAGCACAGCACACUACUAUUUGGUCUAGGUGUGGACAAUUUGUCGAUAUUUAUAACAAUGAGAGUGAUAGAAAAUCAUGUAUUUCUUUACAUUGUGAUUGUUCUACACAAAUACUGGAUUUGUAAUGUUUUACUGGGACUCACAGUCCAGCCAAGAGCAACAGGAAAGAUUAAAAGUCAAUAAAACAA